GGCGCGGGCGGUGUCGCUUUACGGCGGCGGCGGCUGCAGGAGAGGCCGCGGGACCCGCCGGGAUGAAACAAAAGAGGAAAAAUGGGAAAGGGGGGCUCAGCCAGGCCGAGCUGAUGAUGAUGACGAUCGCCGACGUCAUCCAGCAGCUCAUCGAGGCCCACGAGCAGGGAAAAGAGGUGGAUCUCAACAAGUUGAAGACCAGGACGUCGGCCAAGUACGGGCUGGCGGCGCAGCCGCGCCUGGUCGAGAUCAUCGCGGCCGUCCCGCCCCGGUACCGCAGGGUCCUCGUGCCCAAGCUCAAGGCCAAGCCCAUCAGAACUGCCAGUGGGAUCGCGGUCGUGGCUGUGAUGUGCAAACCACACCGGUGCCCACACAUCAACUUCACGGGCAACAUCUGUGUGUACUGCCCAGGUGGACCUGACUCGGAUUUUGAAUAUUCAACACAGUCUUACACUGGAUAUGAGCCAACAUCCAUGAGGGCCAUCCGGGCUCGGUACGAUCCCUAUCUCCAGACACGCCACAGGGUGGAACAGCUGAAGCAGCUGGGCCACAGCGUGGACAAAGUGGAGUUCAUUGUGAUGGGUGGAACCUUCAUGGCUUUGCCUGAGGAAUACAGGGAUUAUUUCAUCAGGAACCUGCACGAUGCCUUGUCGGGUCACACUUCCAACGACGUGGCAGAGGCCGUCAGGUACUCCGAGCGGAGCCUGACCAAGUGCGUGGGGAUAACGAUCGAGACCAGGCCGGAUUAUUGCCUGAAGAGGCACCUGAGUGACAUGCUGUGCUACGGCUGCACCAGGCUGGAGAUCGGCGUGCAGAGCGUCUACGAGGACGUGGCCCGGGACACCAACAGAGGCCACACGGUGAAGGCCGUGUGUGAGUCCUUCCACCUGGCCAAGGAUGCCGGAUUUAAGGUGGUGGCCCACAUGAUGCCCGACCUGCCAAACAUGGGCCUGGAGAGGGACAUGGACCAGUUCGUUGAGUUUUUCGAGAAUCCCGCUUUUCGCCCCGACGGGAUGAAGCUCUACCCGACCCUGGUGAUCCGUGGCACGGGUCUGUACGAGCUCUGGAAAACUGGCAGAUACAAGAGCUACCCCCCCAGCACUCUGGUGGAUCUGGUGGCCCGAAUCCUGGCCCUUGUUCCCCCCUGGACUCGCGUGUACCGUGUCCAGAGGGAUAUCCCGAUGCCACUGGUGAGCUCCGGGGUGGAGCACGGGAACCUGAGGGAACUCGCCUUGGCCAGGAUGAAAGAUCUCGGGACACAGUGCCGCGACGUGAGGACGAGAGAGGUCGGAAUUCAGGAAAUCCACCACAAAGUCAGACCUUAUCAGAUCGAGCUGAUCCGAAGGGAUUACGUGGCCAACGGGGGCUGGGAGACCUUCCUGUCCUACGAGGAUCCCGAGCGGGACAUCCUGGUGGGGCUCCUGCGGCUCCGGAAAUGCUCCGAGCAAUCCUUCCGGCCGGAGCUGAGGGCUGGAGUCUCCAUCGUCCGGGAAUUGCACGUCUAUGGCAGCGUGGUCCCCGUCAGCAGCCGGGAUCCCUCCAAAUUCCAGCACCAGGGAUUUGGGAUGUUGCUGAUGGAGGAGGCGGAGAGGAUCGCCAGGGAGGAGCACGGGUCGUGGAAAAUUGCUGUGAUUUCAGGGGUCGGCACCAGGAAUUACUACCGGAAGCUCGGCUACGAGCUGGAAGGGCCCUACAUGGUGAAAAGCUUGGAAUGACGAGCCAGGAGGAGCCGGGAAGAGCGGGAGGCGCCGCCUGUCUCGACGCCCAUCCCGGGAAUGAAGCCCCGAACUCCAAAGCUGCUCCCACAAAAAGGAUGGAAUUGGACUCGGCGAUCCCGGUGGGUCGCUCCCGACUCCGGAUAUUCCCGGAUUCCCAUGGAAUGGGGCGGGGCAGCCCUGAGAAAGGGUUGUUUUCCCCCCCCCCCCACUGGAAAGGUCGGGAAUGUUCCAGGUGUCUCCAGCAUUCCAGGUGUCUGGAACAUUCCAGGUGUCUCCAGGAUGGGCUCCCAGGCUUUGGGAAUAUCUGGGAAUUCUCCCAGUGGGAAAAAACACCCUCCCACUUCCUUUGGGAUGCUGUCAGGGGGAUUUUCCUGGCAUUAAAAUCCUGGGGGAAGGAGUUUUCCUGCAAUCCCAAUAAAAUUCCCUCCCUUGGCUUGGUUGUUUUUUUUUUUCCCUCUUUCUUGUCCAUCCCAAAAACAUUCCCGAGUUUCAUCCCUUUCCCAGGAGGCCACGAGGAGUGGCUGGGUAGGAAUUUGGGAUUAAAUUUAAGAUGAAGAGAUUCCUGGAAUAACUGAGGCUGGAAGGGACUGGGAGCUCUCUCCAGUCGGAUCAGGAUGGGAAUGCUGGAAUGUCUCCAGGGUAUCCAUCCCCUCAUCCCAGCGGGAUUUCUGCCCCUGGGGGAUCUUUCCUGCCUUUUCCCACCUCUCUCCCCUCUUCAUCCACCCAGGGUGGGGGGGGAGUCCUUUGACAUCCGGGAUUUCCCGGAUUUUGGCCCACGGGGCCUUUCCCAGUCAGGAAGUUUUGGGAUCUCCGAGCUUCUCCACCUCUUUUUUCCCGGCAUUCCGAUGGCAAACGGGGCUGGAAUCCAAGCAUGGCUCGUGGACACCGCGGCAUUUCCAUGGGAAGGGCUCUCCUGGCAGCUCCCUGUCCCUGCUGGAGAGAGGAAAAUAAUGGGAAUAAAGUUAUUAUGGAAUAUUGGGGAUGGGGAGGGAAAAGCAGAGCCCAGCUGGUGAUUCCCAACCCGAAAGGUUGGAUUUAAACCAGGAGGAAUUCCAGAGGAAAGGCUCUCCUGGCAGCUCCCUGUCCCUGCUGGAGAGGGCAAAAUAAUGGGCUUUUUCCAAGGAAUCCUUGAAGGAGGGGAUGUUCCUGAUGGGAAGCUCCUGAUGGGAAGUUCCCCUCUCUCUCUCUCUCCAUCCCAAACCCUGGAAGUGCUUUAAUUAAAACCAAUCCAUCAAUUCACCUGAUUGGAA